AUGGACAAAACAAACUCGCAAUCUUCCUCAACCGCUUGCAAGCAAGCUAAUUUCGCCGGAAAGCGUUCGGCGUCCGAGGAACUGAAUCCUGACACUGACAUCAAAAGGAUAAAGCCCGCCCAUGAUGGGGUGAUAAAACCAGAAGCUCAACCUCCGGUUAUGAUCUCGAGGAUUCCUUUCCCAGAGAAGCCUGCAGUUAUAGAAGAAAGAAAUGGCGAGAUUGAAUUUCGAGUUGUCAACAAUGACGGCGCCAGAGACAGCUGGAUCAUUCUUACGGGCCUCAAAUGCCUGUUCCAAAAGCAACUCCCGAAAAUGCCCAAAGAUUACAUUGCACGUCUUGUCUACGACCGCACUCAUUUGUCCCUCGCUCUCCUCAGGAUGCCCCUAGAGGUUGUCGGCGGGAUAACAUUUCGCGAGUUUCGUGCCCGAAAGUUUGCUGAAAUCGUCUUCUGCGCUGUCUCGUCUGAUCAACAGGUGAAAGGGUACGGAGCCCAUCUCAUGGCCCAUCUGAAGGAUUACGUCCGAGCUUCUGGACCCGUGAUGCAUUUUCUGACUUAUGCCGACAACUAUGCCACGGGGUACUUUCAGAAACAAGGGUUCACCAAAGAGAUCUCCCUCGACAAGUCUAUCUGGAUGGGAUAUAUCAAGGACUACGAAGGAGGGACACUGAUGCAGUGCUCUCUGCUUCCUCGGAUACGCUAUCUCGAAGUUGGUCGCAUGCUACUGAAGCAGAAGGAAACCGUGCUGGCCAAAAUUCGUCCCUUAAGCAAAAGCCACCUUAUACAUCCACCGCCUCAGGAAUGGGUCAAGGAUGUUGUCGCCCCAAUCGAUCCGCUUUGUAUCCCUGCCAUCCGAGCAACCGGCUGGUCCCCGGACAUGGACCAACUAUCACGGGUGCCACGCCGUGGACCGCAUUUUAACGAACUUCGACGGUUUCUCUAUCAGAUCCAGAACCAUAAGCAAGCAUGGCCCUUCCUCAAUCCGGUCAACAAAGACGAAGUCCCCGACUAUUACAAUGUCAUCGCUAACCCAAUGGAUCUGUCGACUGUCGAGGAAAAGCUGGAGCUUGAUCAGUAUGCUACCCCGAGGGACCUCGUGGCCGAUCUCAAGUCGAUAUUCAGCAACUGUCGGCAGUAUAAUGACGCCACAACCGUGUACACCAAGUGUGCGGUCAAGCUGGAGAAGUACAUGUGGAGUCUUAUCAAGGAGAUUCCAGAGUGGUAUGAUCUACUUGAGGAAUGA